AUUUCUCCAUAAAUAACAAUAAAAAAAAAUAUCUCAUCACCACCCUCUCUCUCGAAUACAAAGAAACCGAAGAAAAAAAAAACACAAAAAAAAAAACCGAAAACACGAUUACUCGCACUUCCGCUGCAGUAAAACCCUAAUCCAGCCCCGCCAUCAAUCAUCGAUCCGUCGUCGUUUGCAAGGCUGGCGGGUAAUCGGGUGAAGUAAUGGCGGAUCCGCCAGGUAUCCGCCGCCGCGUUCGAUUGUCGAUAGGGUUAUUGAGCCGUGACGAUUGUUAUUGUUAUUGUUGUUGUUGUUGUCGAGAGAAGGAAGAAGAAGAAGAGUGAAGCAUGCUGAGCGUGGUGCGCGUGCACCUUCCUUCUGAAAUUCCCAUUGUUGGCUGCGAACUCACACCCUACGUUCUCCUUCGCCGCCCCGACAAAACCGUUUCCACCGACGAUGUGCCUGAAACCGCCCCCUUAGAUGGCCAUUUCCUGCGUUACAAGUGGUACCGUGUACAGAGUGAUAAAAAAGUUGCUGUCUGUAGCAUACAUCCAUCAGAGCAAGCCACACUGCAAUGCCUAGGCUGUCUUAAAGCCAAAAUACCUCUCUCCAAGAGUUACCAUUGCACCACAAAAUGUUUUUCGGAUGCAUGGCAACACCAUCGUGUCUUACAUGAUCGUGCUGCAAGUGCUCUCAAUGAAAAUGGGAAUGAGGAGGAGGAGGUAUUUGGGCGCUUUAAUAGUACUGGGUCUGGGGCAAUCAAUUCCGGUUUAUCUGCCUCUGCAUCAAGUGCUAGCUUGACAAAUGGGUCGGUAACACCUUUGUAUCCAGCAGCUAUCACACAAAGAAGUGGGGAAACUUGGUUUGAAGUUGGACGAGCUAAGACUUAUACUCCUACUGCUGAUGAUGUUGGUCAUGUUCUUAAGUUUGAGUGUGUUGUAGUUGAUGCAGAGACAAAACUUCCUGUGGGCCAUGUUAACACCAUACUAACUUCACGUGUCAUUCCUGCUCCCUCACCUAUUCCACGCCGAGUGGUACGUGUUGAUGGGAUGGGGCAUUUAGAUGUGGAUGGGAGAAUGGCAUCUUCAGGAACUUUUACUGUUCUAUCAUACAAUAUAUUGUCUGAAGCAUAUGCCUCAAAUGAUCUAUACAAUUACUGCCCUUCAUGGGCACUUUCUUGGCCAUAUCGCAGACAAAAUUUGUUACGAGAAAUUGUUGCUUACCGUGCAGACAUUAUUUGUCUUCAGGAGGUUCAAAGUGAUCAUUUCGAUGAAUUUUUUUCUCCUGAGCUGGACAAACAUGGCUAUUAUGGUCUUUACAAGAGAAAAACUAACGAGGUGUACAGUGGCAACACAAAUACAAUUGAUGGUUGUGCAACAUUUUUCCGUAGAGACAGAUUUUCACAUGUGAAGAAAUAUGAGGUUGAGUUUAACAAGGCUGCACAGUCUUUGACAGAAGCUACAAUUCCAACCACCCAGAAGAAAACUGCCUUGAAUCGACUGGUUAAGGAUAAUGUUGCACUAAUAGUGGUUCUAGAAGCAAAAGUUAACAAUCAGCCAUUUGAUAACAAUGCUGGGAAAAGACAACUUCUUUGUGUGGCGAAUACACAUGUAAACGUUCCACAAGAUUUAAAGGAUGUGAAACUCUGGCAGGUGCAUACUCUAUUAAAAGGGUUGGAGAAAAUUGCUGCUAGCGCAGACAUUCCAAUGUUGGUUUGUGGAGAUUUUAAUUCUGUUCCGGGAAGUGCUCCUCAUGCACUUCUUGCUAUGGGAAAGGUAGAUCCUUCACAUCCUGAUUUAGUGGUUGACCCGCUAAACAUUUUACGUCCACACAGCAAGUUGGUUCAUCAGUUACCACUGGUCAGUGCAUACUCAUCUUUUGCAAGAACAGUUGGCCUUGGAUAUGAGCAGCAUAAAAGGAGACUGGAUGGUGGAUCAAAUGAACCUUUAUUUACAAAUGUCACUAGAGAUUUUAUUGGCACUCUAGAUUACAUAUUUUACACUGCGGAUUCAUUGGUUGUGGAGUCAUUAUUGGAGUUACUGGAUGAGGAGAGUUUGAGGAAGGACACUGCACUUCCUUCACCUGAAUGGUCCUCAGAUCACAUAGCACUCUUAGCCGAGUUUCGCUGUUGCAAGAAUAAAUCUAGGCGUUGACAGUUUAAGGUCAGUUUCAGAGACACAUAAAGAAAAAGGCUGAAAGAAGCAUUUGGUUGGUAAGGUUUUUGUAAAAAUGGUAGAUCAUGCCUGUCUUUUCCGGGUGUCUCCAUGUGGGGUUCUCUCAUUGCAAUGAUCUGCUAUGUAUCAUGUCACCUUUAUCUCAUAGAAAAAAUUAUGAUUAUGCCUUAUUGACUUUGCCUCUAUCUUCACCCCGACUCCCAAAUCUUCAUAAUUUUUUCCUUUUAAAAGGGAAUUUUCUCACAUGUGCUUAUUGGCUCCAUACAUCCUAGUAAACAACUAAAGUCCUUUCAAUCUAGGGCCUAAGGCUCGAAACUUGGGUAACUCUUUAUUUUGCCCUGUCCGUCAGAAACUUGACAUAUUUGGAAUGUCAUAAUUGAUAAUGAAGUAGAAGAGUUCAACACAAUACGAAGGUGAGUGCUUAAGAUGGGGUGAGAUAUGAACUGUUGCUAUAAUUGUAACAACAUAGGAAGGCAUGCAUACUAUUAGUGACUGUAAAAAAGGGCAUGACAAGUCAAAUACUUGAGUUUUUUUUCAAUCCCUUUUUAAUAUAUUGCCGGCAAAUGAACAUUCAA